UUAGAUUUAGUUUCAGCUCGUAGUCGGCAGCGAGGAUAAAAAAUUUGCUUUUAGUUAUUAAGAUACUUUAGAAAGUAAGCUACCAGAUAUAUUUGGCGCUGUUAAACAUUAAAUUGUAUUUGUGCCGUGUCAAAUAAAUUAUAGAUGAAGAAAAAAAAAUUAUGAACAAUACUAUCAAGUAUACAGGAAAGGGUUAUGAAAUUGGAUUGCUGUGGAAAAAUGAUAAUCCAAGCUUUCCUAAUAGUUUUCCUGCUGCACUCAGUCGAUUAUUGAGUCAGGAAAGAAAAAUGAAGGUUAAUCCAGAAUUAAGAAUAUGGUACAAUUAAAAAAUUGAUGACUACAUCGAAAAGGGCUAUGCUAGAAAAUUAACAAUAGAAGAAUCAAUGACUACUAACGAUUCUACUUAUUAUUUGCCGCAUUUUGUGGUGACAAAUAAAAAUAAGUUAUGCAGGAAAAUCGAUUGGUAUUUGAUGCUGCUGCUAAAGUUAGCGGAGUUUCGUUCAAUUCAAAUUUAUUAUCAGGACCAGAUACUACUGAAUCAUUAUUUGGAAUUUUAAUAAGAUUCAGGGAAAAUGCAAUAGCCGUUACUGGAGACAUUCAGGAAAUGUUUCACAGGAUCGCGAUUAGAAAAGACGAUCAAAAUUCUCAAAGGUUCCUAUACAGGAAAAAGGGCGACCAAAGACUUGAUGUUUAUACGAUGCAAGUCAUGACGUUUGGAGCUACAUGUUCUCCCUCAUGUGCUCAAUUUGUUAAAAAUUUUAAUGCGAAAAAAUUCGAAAAUGAUUACCCUGAAGCAGCUGAAGCAAUUAUAAAAAAUCAUUACGUUGAUGAUUUUCUCGAUAGUUUCAAUAACUUGGAUCAGGCGAUUGCAGUUGUAUCAAAUGUAAUUAAAAUUCACGAUUACGGGAACUUUUAAAUUAGGGAAUUCAUUUCAAAUUCUGAAGACUUGAUGAAGAAUAUUCCUCAAGAUCGAAUAUCGGAGGCAAACAGUGUCUCUUUAGAUAACCAAAAAGAAGUUGAUGAGAAGAUUCUAGGCAUAUAUUGGAAUUUUAAGAGAGACAUGAUAAAAUUCAAGCCAAUAAUUCCCGAUGAUGAUACAACUCAUUUGACUAAAAGGAAAAUUUUGUCUCUGGCAAUUAGAGUAUACGAUCCUUUAGGGCUUAUUUCUAAUAUAACAAUUCAUGCUAGAAUUCUUAUUCAAGAAUUAUGGAGAUUGGGUAAAGAGUGGGAUAAACCUAUUCCAGAAAAUUUGCGAGAAAACUGGAACAAAUGGUUGGACCGCAUUAAAGCUUUAGAAAACUUAAAAAUUCCAAGGGGCUAUUCUAUAAGCACAAAUAUAAUAAAAAGUAGGAGGGUGGUAUCAAAGACACGACCGCAUGACGAAGGACUACGGUAUGUUUCUAUAUUUAUUAUCUAACAGUGAAUUUUUACUUGCUGAGACAUUAGAGCGCUUUGAACAAUAAUUAAUAAUAAUUAUAAAAAAAUAUAAAUGAAACCUUGUUGAUAUUGGCAUCUCCACUUCGCAAAUAUUCGAAUUAGAAAAGCAUUUAUUCGUAGCUUAAAAUGACAAGACAAACAUUAGAAUAAGCGAAUUCGAUGUAUUCUUCCUUUAUCAGUAGGCAGCAAAUACGAUCCUAUUUGGUAUUUGAGACCGGAACGAUUUAAGUGGAAAUUCUCAGAUGGAAAAUGAUUUGACAUUAAAAGAACUUCAUGCAUGAUUAGCUCCGUCGAAGCGAAGAAAAUGCCCCUACUAACACGCAGGGAAUCAUAAGUAAAAAUCCCCAGGAUGCCGAUUAACACUGUGACGGAAUCGUGAAAGGAAUCGCAAACACGAUCCAGAGGAUUCCCACUCACGAUUCUUAUUCAGGAAUCCUAGAGCCAUAUGCAGGGCAUUCCUGAGGAUUCUUUUUUCAGGAAUCGUUUUUGAGGACGCUCACGAAUCCAAUGUGAGAAAUCCUAAAGAAUCUAUGCGCAUCGUAGGUGUUUGUCCGGGUGGCAAGGAAAGAAAAACAUUCUUGAAAGCUGCACCGGCCGCUGUCGAAAAAUGAACACCAACAAAAAUAUGGAUAUUUGCAAGGCUCCUCCCGCUAUCAGCAACAUUUUGUAAAACAGAAAAUUCAACUAGCCGCUUCAAUUACAUCACUUUGAGGCACCAAAAGGAAACAUCGAGUUUCUUGCUCUCUGGUUAUUCUGGCCAGAAUUCUAGCCAUUUUAGUACUUUUGCAGCAACCAUGGACUAAUAACAGCCACCAGCAUUAUGGGUGAAACCGGCACGAGUUGACCGGUACUAUUUUGUCUUUCCUCCUUCCAACUGCUAACACCUGGUGUCCGUAUGUAACCGGUACGGUUUAGGAAUGAAACUGAUGGGGUGAAAUGUUCGAAUGGUACGUUUUAUAUCAAGGUUUUGUCAGUUAGUUGGAAAGAGGGAGGAGUUAAGAAGAAUAGGGAAUGGUAAGAAAGGGAAAUAAGCAUCGGAAACAGAAUGUGGCCUCGAGUAAAACAACAACAACAACAAAUCGUUUACAAAAUCAAAUCGGUUGUAUCCGUUAGUGUCGACUGUGCUUGUGAAGAGAGGUGGUGAUUGGUUGCUCAGUAUGAUUUAGACAAUCGAUGUUAUUUAUCGAUUUUAUAAUAGUGUUUCUCAAACAAUAGGUUGUUUUUGUUACAUAAGUUGAACCGUAGAAGAAUUUCUGAUCGAUCGAUGCCAAAACCGCUAAAACCUGAUUAUAAAUGACUGAAAUAUAAACGCUCAAAACCUGACCACUUUUCCCUGGUUUUCCCUGGUUGAAUUACUAGAUUUUCAAAUUCAGGUACCUAACUUCCAGAUAGACGUGGUCCUACGUCAAAAGAGAGAUUCAUGUAUUUUGUGAUGCCUCAGGGAUGGCAUUUGCGGCGGUUGUUUAUUUGAGAACUGAAACAACGUCCGGUUACGAUAUCUCAAUUAUGGCUGCUAAAUCUAGAGUGGCACCAACGAAAAUAUUGUCUAUUCCGCGUUUGGAAUUGCAAGCAGCGAUUCUAGGCACACGAUUGGCAAACACAAUUUUAAAAGAAACACGAUUGCCAAUUAGUAGUACUGCAUUUUGGUCUGAUUCUGAAACGGUAUUAAGCUGGAUCAAUUCAGACAUAAGAAAUUAUAAGGUAUUUGUUCAACAUCGUGUCAGCGAAAUCUUAGAAUCUACAUUCGGAAAUCAAUGGCGAUAUGUAGAUACUAAAAAAUAAUCCGGCUGAUGAAGGAAUAAAGGCUAAAUUAACAAAUUCAAUAUGGAAUUCGGGUCCAGCCUUUCUCAAAAAAUGUGAGAAAGAGUGGCCGAAAAAAGAAGUAAAAGCGAAAACGGUGUUAGACAUUAAACUGAUAUAUUUAAUUAAGGACGUAAACGACCCGCUAGAGUCAAUAGGAUCCUAGCGCUAGCCCCAUAAUUGUUCUGUACACUAAAGGCUGGCUGUGAUUGUUUUUGUUUCAUUCGCAUUGUUUAGGACUUCAACAGUAAGUACCGAUUAAACAUCAAAACAAUCAUCACUUUACAGGAUCAACGUCUAAUGUCAUUUAUGUCUGAGUUUAUUUCAAAGUUAUGUACCGAAUUAUUCAUAAUUAAAGUAAAAAUAUUCUUUAAAAAGAAACAAGAUUUGAAUCUUAGUUUACAAAUCGCCAACGAAAACUUACAAAGCCCAAAUUACUAAAAAAUAUUUUGAAGGCCAGAGAACCAGAGUUUGAGUUUAACAAUUAUAAUUUGCACGACGAAACUAUUCAGUAUCGUAAAAAAAUAGAUUGAUAUUUAAUAUGCAAUACAGUUUGUGUUAAUUAUGCAUAUAGUUGUUUAGUAAUAAGAGUUUAAAGUUCAUUGUUCGAGAUAAAAACUGAUUUUUUUCACCGGAAAUGGGUUAAGCUUAAAUCCGCUUGAGAAAAUGUCUUGAGGCCAGAAAUUUCAGAAAUUGAUUUGAAAAAAUUUGCAUUUUUAAAGACCAGAAGCAACGGAAAUAAUUUAAAAUUCAAUUCAAAAUUCAUGAAGUAGUAUUCUAGAGGCUCAAAAAGGCUAAGCCUGUCUUUAUUUUCUCUCAAAUUGCUUGCAUACUCCUCCAAAAUCAGAAAGACAUAUUUUUUCAAUGAAAAAGCAAAACAUAAUCGCCAUAGCGAAAAUUAUUCGCCUAAAAUAAACCUGGAACAGGAUAACAUAGGUAUCAAAUUAGUCCUUUUUAUAUUAUCGAGGCGAUAACUGAGCUUCAAGAGAUCCUUAAGAAAACGGGAAAAAUAUUUUGAACGACAGAAAUACACAUAAUUGUUCUUAAUUCAGCUCACAAUUCCACGAAACGUUUACAGAGACUAGAAAAAAAAAGUUCAAAUGUUCCUAAAGUUCUUCGAUAAAAGUCAGAAUUCAGAUUUUAAUUUGAAAUUAGAAAUGCACCAAAAACACAACACUCUUCACUUUAGAAGUUGUGCGUUCGAGUCCCACCUGCUGGACUAUAUUUUUCGUAAAUUUCUAAUUACCUAUUUCCCCAGUUAGUACACUUUUCAAUCGUCAGCUCCACAUUUACUGCUUGAAAUAGAAAUGAAAGUAGCUUGACUUGCAUUAUAGUCAUUAAAAAAUAAGAAAGAUAAAAAAUUCAAUUAUAUUAUAAGAGUAAUAAAUUCAAUUUCUUUGAAUAGAUUUUAUAAUUCUGAAAUUAAGAACGCGGAUUCAGAAAAUACAAAACAAGCUUCUUAUUUAGCUCAAAAAGGCUAAAAUUGUUUCCAAGUAGCAAUGAAGUUGUAUUGAAGCCUGAAAGAAACUAACAACAUCAAUUUAAAAUCAAUUUUUAAACUGAAUCUAGAAAAGUGUGUGAACACCAGAAAAUGGGUUAGAAAUGCAAAAACAAAAAUUUACACAAAUUUAAAAUUGGCAAGGCGAAAAAUUCGAUUCGGGGUCAACAAAUGUGUUGAAAUUAUUUUCAAAAAUAACUAGAAUGUUACUUUACGAACUAAUUUCAUUUUUGUCAUAUGACUUACAUUUUAAGUUUAGUAAAGCGGGUAAUGUAUGCAGUUUGCGAGGAUGCGAAUAUGAACGGGAAUAGAAGGUGUGACUUUUAGACUUGGAAAAAAUUUCCCUCGUCCAGACGGUUUCCGGAUUCGUCCAGACGGACGGAUUCCAAAGAUUUGUCGUUUCCGAAGCUCAACAGCAGCCAAGAAAAUGUUGAAAUAAAUUCCAAAUUUGUAAAAAUAUAUAUAUAAAAGGUUUGAAAAAGCAGAAACCAGCUCUACAAAACGCCGAAAAUCUCAACCAGAGAGUGCAGAAAGUUACAAAUAUCGCUCUAGUUAAACAGUUUAAUUAAACCAGUAAUUAAUUUACGUAAGUCUAAAAUGGCAGAAAAUUGUUCCAAAGAACGGUUGAAUUGAAUUAGAAAAUUUAUGUGAAAUAAUGAAAAUUUUGAGAGAAUGACAUUUUCUGCACGUUACAUGUUUCGAAAAGCCCCAAGUGUGCCCUUUCUACUAAACACAAGAUAAUACCAGAUAAUAUCUCGUUUAGGAUUUAAACAAUGGGCUGAGCUGCAUUCCUCAGCCAUGAAAAGUCGAAAAAUCAACAUCAAAUAGAUCUUGGCCGAAGUAGUUAGCCUUUUUUCAAGUUUUGAAAUGAAACAUUGAUAUUAAAAACAAAAUUCUUUCACAAAUUUAUUUUGUUAAUGAAUAAACGUGGUUAAACUUAUAUAUUCAUGCGUUCAAAACCGGGAAAAACAUCGAUUUCUAACCGGGAAAACCGGGAAUUUGAAAUUGGAAAUUAGCUGGCCACCCUGAAUAUUAUCAUGAGAUGCAUAAACAUCAAAAAUUCAAUACGAUGAUUGCAGCUAUCCAACAAAAAUUUCACAUUAUUAGAGUGAAAGAAGCGUUGAAAAAGGUGAUUAGGAAAUGCCAACACUGCAUGAAUGAAAGAGCUAAACCAUAUGCUCCACGAAUGGCAGCGUUUCAUGAAAAUAGAGUACAGCCCUACAAUAAACCCUUUACAUACACCGGAGUUGAUUACUUCGGUCCCUAUACUGUCUCAAUAGGGAGACGGACGGAGAGAAGAUGGGAGGUAUUAUUCACUUGUAUGACUACAAGAGCUGUAUUCCUAGAGCUUGCAAAUAAUUUAAGCACUGAUGCUUUUAUGAUUUGCUUAAACAUGUUGCAAAAUGAACGAGGUGCCGUGAAACAUUUGUAUAGCGAUAACGGUACGAAUUUUGUCGGAGCUGAAAAUGAAAUUAAAACUUUGCACCAUCGAUUGUCCGGGCAAGGUAUAGAAUGGCACUUUAUUCCACCUGCAUCACCUCAUUUUGGGGGAGCAUGGGAGCGAUUAGUUAAAGAGGUAAAAACAUUACUACCUUCACACACUAUGCCUGAGCAUGUUUUAAGAGGGUUGUUAGUUGAAACAGAAAGUAUCAUCAACAACAGGCCUCUCACAAAUAUUUCGCUUGAUAAAGACGAUGACGAACCCAUAACACCCAACCACUUUCUGAUUGGAUGCAAUGGAAAUUCAGCAUUAUCUUUGAAUGAUAAGAGUCCACAUGAGGCAACGAAGCAACAUUGGAAGAGAAUUCAACUCUAUUCUAAGCAGUUAUGGGAUAGAUGGGUAAAAGAAUAUUUACCAUUGCUUGGCGACAGAACCAAAUGGAUAAGUGAAGCAAAACCACUUCAACUUGAUGAUGUUGUUGUUAUGACUGAUGAAAAUCAGAAGGGCAAUUUUAAGAAGGGUGUCGUAAUAAAGCUUCAUACAGCCAAAGAUGGACAAGUGCGUUCAGCUAUAGUGAGAACAUCUGAAGGCGAAUAUACCAGACCGGCUGUAGAAUUAGCCGCUUUAGAUGUCAGGCGGCCGUCGAACGACGCAAAUAAACAAGAAACUAAUUUUGUCGGAUGCUUACAAGACAAUACAUUUUUUUUUUAUUCUCGCUUAUUUUCCGUCGGUCUAGUUCCGCCACUGUUGUGGCCAAUCACCGACGCCCAGGGAGGCGACUCCACACCCAGGACCCUAACUCACGACCCGUUUAUUAACGGACCGGCGCCAACGGCUUUACUUCCUCAUGCGAUGGAAGGCGUGAUCCCAGAGAUUUUUCGCCUCAGAAAAUCUCCCGGUGUCGGCUAGGAUUGAAUCUAGACCAGUUGGGUUGGUUGUGAGUGGAUCACGCCACCUCACAACCAUCGACACAUAUGUCGGCGGUGGGAUUCGAACCCAGGCGUCAAACGUGGUUGGCGGAGACGUUACCAACCACACUAGGCCCCCGCUACAAGACAAUACAUCUCGAAAGAGACAUAAUGAAAAUUGGGGAAAACGACGAAUUUUAGACGUCGAUAAGAUUAAAGAUUUGGUAUCUCAAAUUCCUCCCGCCAAACCUAAAAUUAAUAAAGCUAAACGAAUUAGGCCAUAUGUGCCAGCACAUUUGUAUCUUGUUGUAUACAUAUUCUGUUUAAUAUUUGGAAAUAUAAUGUGUUUUGAAAAUACGGGAUUGAUAGCAUUUGAUUGUGGAAAUUCCGAAAUAAAUAUGACUAGCUAUUCGUGAUUAAAUGUUGCAUCUUCCUACCACCUUCCAACAAUUUGUCCACGUAUGAAGUCGAUAUUCAAGUUUUACAACGGAAUAUAAAAUCCGGAGUAAGAGUGCUACAAUGUCGUGUUAUUAUUAAGCGCAACAUUGUGGUAUGCAUUCGCACACCUCUGAUUAUGAAAGAGGAUACUCGUAUAUUGUGAAGGAAUUUAGUAACGAAGAAUGUAAAUUCGCGCAUCAGCUGGGAAUAGUAAAGUUAUCCUACGAUCAUUCAAUUCGAGAACUAAAAUUAAAUGCAACUACAAGAGGUAAAACUCUUAUUGUUGGUUCAGUUUAUGGGAGCAACUGUAAAGGGGGUACAUAUAAAACUUCGGAAUAUACUUGAGAAGAUGCUCUAGUGUAUUACGAGUAUGAAAUUGCAUUGAAUGACUAUAUCGCAACUGUUGAUAUGGAAAGUAAUACAAUAUUUUUGCGUAACAGUUUGUCGUGUAUUUAUUCCUUAGGAAAAUGUUUAGACACCGACGAAGGAUAUUUAACAUUGGAUGUUGGUUAUACUAAAGCUUGUGAAGAAACCGACUACGAGAUUAUUUUUGAAGUUUACAGCGCCAUAUCUGAAACUCACUUUUUUUCCAUACGGACAAGAAAGGAGACGAAAAUAUGUGGGCACUUAGGUUUUAUGACCGACCAUCCUACGAUUGUGAUUGUUCAAAUAACAGAUUUUAGGUCACCUUUCAAGAGCAAGGCGAUCUCUGGUAAAAACUUUGAUCUUUUUACUUACUUCAACUCUAAGAUUACUCUAGUUGAGAACUAUAUCGGACAAAAAAUUGAUGGUGUUUACAAUACAGUCAUGACGGAAAUGUGCAAGGUAGAUAAGGCAUUGAUGGAAACACGUCUUACUUUGGCAAGAUUGAACCCAACAGAGUUUGUUUCCAGCAUAACCAAGCGAUCUGGUUACACAGCGGUGGUAGCUGCGGAAGUAUUGCAUAUACUAUAUAGAUAAGUAUCUAGCCAUUCUUAAUGAAGGAAGGAAUCUCUUCUCUUUCUUACUUAUUGUUAGUAUGUAUUUUACAUUUAAGACAGUGCAUUAGAUUUAGGUAUAAAAACUCUGUAAAUUUCAAUAAUAAAUUCAUUCUGUUUGUGAAUUCUUUCGUGGAAUAUAACGAUUCAGUUCGUUCACGAAAAAAAAAAUCCGUUCUUUAGGAAACCAUAGCGAUUCAGUUCGCUCCUAAGAAUCAAAAGCAGUCGGAAAAACUACGGAUCAUAGUGAUUCAGUUCACUCGGAGAAAACUGCAAGGACGUCAUUUGGUAUCUGCUUCGGACUCCUGUGCCGAGUCGCAAGCACGAAAAUACCAGAGAGGACUAAAGGGUGUUCGGUGCUUGGAAACCGAACUGUAAAUAAAAAACAAGAAAAAAUCGUCGGCAUACGUAGUGACGUAACAAUGCUCGAUUCGUGUGACAUUACUGAUGGUGAUAGAUGUAGUGAACUCUCCUACCAAAUCCAGAGGUUCUCCAAAUGCGGUUGUUGUCUCCAUUUGUGUGGAAUUGACUGUAGGUUCACCAAUAUUUUUCCAUACGGCUUGCGAGAUCACCGAAAUAUCGGAACCACAGUCAAGCUGAAGUUCUGCUUGAACACCGUUGAAGUUGACGGUCAAGUACUUCCUACGGCUCUGAAUAUGCUUCACUGACUGAAUAGUUUUCAUGUGAGCUUUUUUGUCUUUCUUGCUGACCUUCUUGUCGCCUGCGGACGUUGGUGCAGAUUUUGACGAGCAACUGCAGUAGCCUUCCUUGUGACCCACUUUUCCACAUUGCUUGCAGGCAUGUUUGGAGAACUGACAAUCUUUCACGAAGUGCAUGGCUCCACAUUACCAGCAUGGAGACGGAGGUACUUUACUGUCUGCUGUCGCCGAUUUUGAUUGGUUGGAUUGCUGUUUGA